AUGGAAUCAACGUAUUUUGUAUCCUUCAAAAUUUUUAUUAUUUCAGUUAUGGUGAUUCCCAAUUCUUAUUAUCAAGGUUCUUCGACAGUGACAGCGUCAUUCCCUUUGACAAACUUGUGUUACGACAACUACGGUAGGCCUCAAAGAUGUUUACCAGAAUUUCACAACUUGGCGUAUGGGAAGAAGAUCAAUGCAAGCCAGACUUGUGGCAGGCCUCCGCGAAAAUUUUGCAAAUGGGAGCUGCGCGGAUAUACAUGCGGUGUAUGCGAUAAUAGAUUUCCAAGCAAGACUCAUUCGGUCAAAUAUCUCACUGAUUUGCACAACCAAAAUAAUGUGACUUGCUGGCUAGCGGAUCCUAAGCAGUCCCGCCAGAACGUGUCAUUGACACUCUCGCUUGGUAAAACAUACGACAUCACCUAUAUUAGCCUACAAUUCUGUGGCCCAAAGCCGGACUCUAUGGCCAUAUACAAAUCAGUGGAUUUCGGCAAGAGAUGGCAGCCGUAUCAGUUUUACUCUAGCUCAUGCAGUCAGAUGUAUGGAAGGCCUGAGAAAUCUUUCGCCAGCCAAGAAAAUGAACAAGAAGCACUGUGCACGGAUGCACACCUCAAAAAGCCUCUUCAAGGAAGUCGGAUAGCGUUCAGCACGCUAGAGGGACGGCCCUCAGCUAACAAUUUCGAAUCCAGCCAAGUCCUUCAAGAGUGGGUUAGCGCGACAAACAUCAGGAUUGUAUUCGACCGCACUAGCGCGUCCAAAAGGAAACAGGAUUAUUAUUAUUACGCCGUGUCAGACUUUGCGGUGGGUGGACGGUGCCGCUGUAACGGACAUGCCGCUCGGUGCCCCAUCGGUCGUGACGGACAGCCAGUUUGUGAAUGCAGGCACCACACGACUGGUAGCAACUGCGAGCAAUGUAAAGCAUUUUUCAACGACCGACCGUGGAGGCCUGCAACCGAGUCCUCUGCAAACGAAUGCGUAGGUGAGCGACAAAAAUUCCUGUUUAAUUUUUUCGGUCAAUGGAUUAUUAUUUGUCUACCAUCAUCGAUUGAGACUGUUUACGUGAUCUUGUAUUGUUCCUGUGAGAAUGUUUGCGUUCGCUAAUUUGCCCUCUUAUCAGGCUAACUUAUAAUGACUGUCGUCGAUACUUAUUUAGUCGCAUUUAAGUCUAAUUAGCGUGUACAAAUUGACGCGAAAAACACUAUCUAGAGUUGCGAAAACGCCUCUCAAAUUGGACUCUUGUCUUUGAUUCAGCAUUUGUUACUCCAACUUAAUGAGAGCUACGAUUUUGAGAUUUCAGCUCUUAAUGCCCCAAAGUUGCGGCAUUCCUACAAAGACACAAAGGAACAAAUCGAGGUCCCUGAAUGUCUGAUGUCGAUUUAGUGGACAAUAAAUGAGGUGUUACCUCCUAAAGACAGCUAUUUUCUCUGUACAUUAACAAGGGGCGUUGAUGUGUCAUGAUUCGUUUCUUGCCGCACACAAUGACACGUAAAAAAAUAAUCGUCUCACUCAGCUCAAAUCUUGGACAACUAUCGCCUAAAUUUUGAAACUUUACUCAAACGUGCACGAUUAAUUGAAACGAUCAAGUCAAUGUUUUUUUUUAAUCAUUAUUUUUUUUUCGUUCUAACCACUCGUGAAAUCUCAACUACGCGGUUCGUUAGAAUUAAGAGACAUCGCAAGUAAAUUCACUUUUAAUAUUGAAAUAUGUUUCGAAAUGAGUGAGUGCCGACCAUCUUGAAAUACCUCUUAUACACUGCAAUGAAUUUAAAUCAACCCUAUGGCGAUUUCCGAUUUAAAGAUAUUGGCAUUAAUCGCGACAAAAUUACGAAUAGAAGCAAAACUUUAUUCAUAUACACAUAUAGAUUCUAGCCUUGCAGCCUUAUCUUCUUCUUUUAAGCGCCCUUCACUGCAUAGAGACAGUUCUUUAUUUAUCUUUGAAGAAUUUAACAAAAUCCGGAUAGAAUUAAAAGAAUUUAUCGCGUUUCCGCGAACUCAAAUCGACAUUACAAAGUGAACGUUAUUAAAAAAAGAUUUUGUUUGCAUGCGCUUUCGUUGCGACAUGAAAAUCGCGCUUACAAAAACCCGAAACAAAAAAGCAAUAAACGGAGAGAAUAUUUAUACAAUCAUAGCUUAAGAGGCUUCUUUAAUGAAGGCGGUGAAAUACAUUAUGUGAUUUUGCUUAAUUGAGUCAAGUUAGUAUCAUUGUUCGAAACCGUGAAGCGGAGUUUAUAUUUUAACCACAGGUAGUAUGACACAUUUCUUCUCGUAGUAUCCAGAGAUCAAGAUUUUGAGAUUGCCAAAAUUGAAAAUAUAUAGCAGCAUGAGUCCUAUUUUAAAUUUUGGGAUUUCAGUCUCUGGAGUAAUCAAUAGAAUAUGAGACGAUUAAUCUUACUUCUGAAAAAAAAUCUUAAAAGGGGUUAAAAAGUCAUUCGAAAAUUUAGGGUUUUUCAGGAAGUUAUUAUGUACUUUUUAACAGUCUGUCAUUUGCAGCUGCUGUGGACAACGGAACGGACCAAAUGCUAACAUCACGUAGUCUCAUAACAAUGAUAUUUCCGCUUUUGUUUAAUGAUUUGAUAACACGAAAGAACAUUGUUUUUCUUGAUAAACAGCAGGGUAUAUUUUUUUGUAAGGCAAAUUACUUGAAAGACAAUUCAUGUUAUGAAACCCUCUGUUUACCAAACCAGUCGAUUAAGGGAAUAUUAGACAUGUUUAAUGUUCCAUUUAAGAGCCAUUUAAGCGCUUGUUAGAAACCACAAAGAAAAGAUGACUGAUUUUACAUUUUCAAUUUACAACAACGAUGUGACUAUCACCAGCAAUUUCCUCCUUUUAGUUACCAACUGAGUCGUAUUGUACUAUACUUCAAAGCGACGGACACGGAACUUUACAGAUGUUCACGUAUUAACUUUUAAGCUUCUGCAAUUUCCGCUGAUUUUGACAAGCGCUCAUCACGCUCAAUACCCGCACUUGAUUUGCGGCUUCGCCUGUCUUACAAACGGAUCCAACGCGAUUGUGAUGCGACUUUGUCGGUCCGCCACAAGGAUGAAGCAGUCUCCAAAGUGUGCAGUGAUUAAUGAAGUGUUAUUUAAUGAUCUGCUGUCAUUGACAACCCAGGAUUGUCGUUUCAUGCAGGGUAGAAACCAUAAAUCAUAACACAUGGACAGAAAAUUCGUCUAGAGGCAAUGCCUGUAACCUGUUUGUCUGUUAAUCUCCAAUGUUUAUGUUGCGAUUCGGUGUGAAGUUGUAGAACGAAAGAAAAACUCCUCCAUUCUAUAGAUGACCAUAAAUUUCGGUGAUAACAUAAACUUGCUUGAUUCUUCGUGUUAUUGCAAAGGUCGUUUACUGAUAAUAUUGACAAAUAAACAUUCACGACGGGGACAGCAAUAAAUCACCGAAACAGUGACAUUUCGACCCAUUCCUAUAUUCGUGGAGUAAAUGCAUAUGACGCCCAAUUUAAACUGAAAUAAAGCAUCAUAGCGAUCUAUGAAACUCGUGACUUCUGUGUUAACCCGAAGGUUCAAGCGACUCUCAAGUGAAAACAAAUCUAAACAAAUCUAAAAGUAAAAGGGAUCACUUCCAAAUGAAAAGCUAGAGAGAUUGACUAGUUACAUCACCCAUCAUCGCCAAAGGGUGUCUUCUUGAUGGAGCACUGAACUCUCUUAACCAGCUCACAAGAAAGUGUAUAGCAUCUAGAUGGGAGAACUAAAAGUCGAAUCUUCAGAGUUAACAUAUAUGUAGAUGUAUUUUCUCACACAUUUUUAUUUAUUUAUUUAUUUUGUUUUCGUUUAGCCUGCAAUUGUAACUUGCACGCCAAAGCGUGUGAGUUUAACAAGGAGUUGUUCAAGUUGUCUGGUGGUCACAGUGGAGGGGUGUGUAUCCACUGCAGACACAAUACGGCUGGAAGGUUUUGCCAUUACUGCAAAGAGGGGUACUACAAGGACUCUUCAAAGGAUAUCACAGACAGAAGAGUCUGCAGACGUAAGUGAAUUUUGAAAAUCGUUUUGUAUCGACGCUGUGAAAGUUAGGAGAUACGCAUCCUUGUUAACGUGUUCCAAGUUCUCAAUCAGAAAAGACGAGCGAAAGAGCGACAGUGAGAAUAGUCACAAACCAGCGGGUGUCCCUCAAACCCUUUUCCAGACUUCGCAACAGUUCCGAAAUGUGGCCCGAAUUACGAACCAACGUAAUGACAAGCUCCCAGUUAGCUUGUUGGCUCAGUUGGAAAAUCACUGCACCGAUAUCGCAUUAUCUCCCUUCCCCCACACGGGGCCCUUGUGGAAAACCAACCGAACCAGCUUAUAAUGAACGAUGAUUAAGCUAAAACAAACUUGUGUCCCGAUUGCGACGUAUCUCGAACGUCGUUAAGAGGACAGCGGAAAACACAUAUAUUUGUAUUCUUUUUUUUUUUCGUUUUUGCAAGCGAAAAACCGAUUAUUGAAUUCCAAGAGAUCGUGAUUCUUAGUUAAGAUCAUGGCAGCAUUAAUAUGCACUCGGAAACCUCUUGAAUCUGUAAACAGCUCUUUCCCUUCAUAACUAUCAUUAUUUAAAAGCCGAUUACAAUUUUGUUUUUGAAGAGGUAGACGCAUGAGAUCACUAAGCUCCAUGAAGGAUUUUAAAAUAUUUUUUUCGUUCUGCUCUGUUCAGACAUCGCCGCCGUUUAGAAUUUCACGAGAGACAGUAGACAAUGUCACUUUGGAAAGACCAAGUCGAACGCCCGAACUUUAAAACAGCUCUGAAACCUGUUCAGAUAUAAUUUUUUCAGCUCUGCAGAGUGUUGUAUCUUGAUUUGCUUAUUACGAUUAAAAAAAAACAGAACAAAGCGAAAUAUAUAUAUAUGUGUAAAAACAAACGAAUGAAAAGGGGUUAUAUCUAACUCGUUUAAGAGUUGUCAAACCAAAAUUAAGGGUGUAAAGGGCUAAAUUGUUGCUGUGGUGAUUAGCUACGUCGAAAGGACGACGAAAGGACGACCGUUUAACAGUCGAUCACCUAGCUUUGCAUGUUGGAAUGGCCACUAAAUUCUUUCCCUUCGAGAAGCUGUGAUGUCUGACACUAAUUCCCUCUUCUUAGGUGUGAUAAAUUCAUACUCAAACCUCUUAGCCAAAUCUUGAAAAUCGGAUUGCUGAUGAAAGCGAGAAAACCAAAAAAAAAAAUCAUCGAAGGUUUUAUAGUUCAAGAGGUUUCUUAGUGCAGGCCGAUGAAACUAAGAUCUCGACAAGAACAAGAGAUCUCUCCGAAUGUUUGCAUUCUUACCAAUCAAGCUUAAAUAUUUCAAGUGAGGCAUUUACAUUCCGUCUUAAGCUCUUCCGUUCUAGGCCAUUCUCUUUUAUUUUUGGUUCAUCUCAGUCAUUUUUUUUUUGUUUAUUACGAGAAGCUAAUUCUUUUUAGAGCCCUCAUCAAUGAAAAAUUUUGACGCUGAAAAACAAAGUCAGAGCAUCAUACAAAAAGGGAAACGUUUUUCUUUGGCUGGCUGCUUGCAAUAUUUAGGCUUUCCUCUACAUUAUUUCUGCAAAUUUUUAGCCGUCAUUGAGUUGUUUCUUUAACCACAGGAAUAGUUUGCCCGUGCCUAAAAUCAUGUGUUGAUACUAGCGUUCCCAUACGAAGUCCGUUCAAAUUUUUAUGAAGUGCAGCAGUGUAAAUCUUGACUGUUUCUUUUUUUACUACAAUCAAGAUGUUCAAGAUCCUUGUCAUUUCAAAAGGAGGUUCUUCUAGACAUCUGCCAGAGCUUUGAAAUAUUUGACAUAACUGGUGAAACUGACUUGUCAAGGUCAUUACCACAGGUUAAUGAAUUGCUGUGAUCGAGACAAAGGCUAUAUUCACCGCAUUUCGUCGUUUGCAAAGAGACUAUAAAAAAUUCUAGCUUCAAAUUACGAUUCUAACCAGACAGUACGAUAUAUGACGCACUAAUUAAAGGCCUUGGAAAGAGAGCAUGAAGUCGUCAUGGUCACGCUUGUGUUCUCGUGGUCUUAAAGGUAUGAUGUAGAUCGAAAAACACAAGACUUGUUUUUGGAAAGGUUCCUAUUCCUCUCUGCGUGAAAGGCCGUCAAUUCCAGAAAAGUUUAAUGUGAUGGUGGUUGAAGUAAACUUGGAUAGGUAUCUACUCACUACAACUCUUUCUUCACGUGGAAUUUAAAGUCUCAAAAUAUUAAGUCAAGAACUAAAUUUAGUCAUUCCUUCAAUUAUUCCAUUCAAGCCGGAAAACUCAUUUCAUUUAAUUUGUUUUAAUUGAUGGGAAGGACAUAAAACAAAUAAAGCUAAAGAGAUGAGGAUCUUAAAUCCCUGUUUAGCUAAUAACGUAUAAAGUUACAGCUAAUUUUGUUGUUCUUUCUUGAUGAAAAGCUGUCUAUCCCACGUUAAUUUGACUCGGAGUAACUUGAGUUACGUACGUUUGCGUUAAACUAGGAACAAACAGGCUUGAAGGAAAAAUAUUAGAAAAACAUGUUUACCGCAACGGUAAACAAAGUAGUUUACCUCCAUACAACAAGAUUCAUGAUAUUCACACCCUCUUUUAAAAAUUAGUAACCUGUAACCAUUAACAAGAUCAACUGCGAAGGCAAAAUGCCCUUAAAAAAGCUAUUAGUGCAGUGAAAAAUGGCAGGAAAUGACUAAGAAUUCCACUUUUCAUUCUUAACUUUUCCAUCGAGAUAUUCUCGUUUUGUUUGAAGGUUAUGAUGAAAGUGACGUUAUGCAAACAGUCACAGGCUGGAUCAUACCCCAGUCCCGGGUGAGGACAAAAGUAAUCUACGGUGAAAAGGAAACGAAUCCAUUUUUAGUCUUGGCUAACGCGCAUUAUCCAGCUCAGAUCACGAAGGUUAUUCGCAGAUUAAGUUAUGCAAACAUAUAAUUGGAUAAGAAUACUCACGGCGACCUGCCAGGUCAACAGGAUUAGUCUGCGUGCGAGAAUACAACGGUUUUAACCUCACGUGGUAUACUGUGGACAGACCAUGCACGAGUUGUCUCAUUUGAUGACAUGAAGGUGUAAUGAACUUGGUUCAGUUUCUAAGGUUGAUUUCUAUCUAGGUUUUUGCCCACACGAAGCCUAAAAGGAUUAAAACAGUUUCAAUAUCUAUUUUAAAGACACAUUUCACAAUAGAAGCACGAGAGAAGCAGAAUCAUCCGCUGCUAAAGCGAGGAAACUUCCUUUUCACGCCAGUUCGACGCGCAUCAAGAUUUGACCACAUAGUGAAACGGGCUGAAAAAUCUUAGCUCCUUUUUUCCUGUUUUAGUCAAACAUCGAACCUGAUAGGCAUGUUUACCUGCAUUUAGGAAAAGACCUUAGCAUCAAAAGGUCAGCCAGUGAUAAAUUGGAUUUGUAUGGUUUUGAAAAGGAAAAUUCCCAUCCAUUUCUGAUCUCCAAAGUUUUGGCAACCUGUUGGGGACAGUCCAAAGUUGAGAGUAGCUGGCUCAUUAAGACAUGAGCUUUAAUUGGCUUGACUCCGCAGUAACUGUUGUCACAGAGAACUAAAUUGUUCUGAACUAUACUUUAUUGUAAUACAAAGUAUUUCUAAAGCCAUAAAUUACCAGGCUGGAAUCAAAGGGGCUUUAAUUGAAAGGUACAUAUAUAGCCCAAAAUACAACGCAAUGGAAAGCUUGUCCUUACAAAAGACUUGUCCUUAAAAAUAGACACUCGGUUUGCUCUUCAGAGGGAGACCAGUGACCUGGUGAUCACGAGAGCUUAGAGCUCGACCGGCGCGUGUCUGAACUUGGCCGGGUCAUCGUGCUCUGUCCUUGAAAGUAACAUUUAACUCUCACCGAGUUACUCUAAGCCCAGGAGUUUUCAUAGAGAGCAUAAAACUGCUAAAAAAAACCACGUUUUAAUUCUUGAAGAACGAGAGGGGGGAGGGGGAGGGAACUUAUCUAAGUUCCGGCGCUGUUGGCCACUUUGCUGCGUGCGAAACUAAGCGCUAUAGUUUAAUCUUCGGCCAGUUUAAUUUUCUGUUUUCAAAUUGGCGGUGCCCUCAGUCAAAUUUUGAGCACAUUUGACGACAAUUUUCCCACGAUGGCACCACACUUUCGAGUCUCAGGACGCGGUAACCAGUAAAGUUUGAUUCCUACUUCUCUUUGGAUAAUAUUCAAAUCUGUUUCCUGAGCAUUCUUCUCCUAUUAACGGUCUUAAUUUAGAGAUGAAUUCAUAGUUAAAAUUCUCCGAUGUCUCUUUUGACAUGUGAGGUCAUUCGCCAGUCGCCUUGUUUCUACUCCCUUCAACUUACAGGGGCAUGGUUCCUCCAUUUCUCUAUGCGCAUGCUGAGUCACGCUGCGGCCGCUGUUCGGUCGUCUUGUCCAUUCUAUGGCACGAGAGAUUUUUUCUGAACUUCAUCACUAAACAACAACAUAAAUCAUUUGUAAAGGAGCUGAAAAGAAACGUAGGAAAGUCACACAAGGGCUUUGAUGCCGUCCGACGGCCUUUGUUAUUAAAUCCCUGCUUCACUCAAGUAGCGCAGACAUCGUGAUGAAAGGGAAGGAGCAUAAGUAUAAAAAGUGGCGUUCGUGAGGUGAAAGGUGUCGUAAAGGCAAACGUUUUUUUCAAGUUACUCUCAUGUCAUCACCUUUAUAAUAUCAGUUCAGCAAGAGAUGUUACUUUCAGUGAUAAGUUCAAAGUCCGAAAUAGUAAUAAUCUUCCCCAGUCAUUAAUCAAAGCAUAAGAUUUUGUUAAGUUCCUCGUAGAUUAAGGUAGGAGCAACCCACACGCAAAGUUUGCGACAAAAUUAAGCUAAAUUAGUAUUCAAAUUAGUUUAAUUGAAUUAUUAUGCAUUCCUGCCUUUCCAGAAUUUCAGGAUUAUCGAAAUAAGAUCUUCCUUUUUCGUGGACUACAAAAUGGCCACAAAAAACCAUUUAUUUCAGAUUCCAAAGUCGCCUUCGUGAGCGGUUCAGGUCUGUGAAACCCUUUGACCAUGUGCUAGGAUAAAAUUCCAGCGCCACUAAUCGAUAAGUGACCCUGUGGUGGUGGUCCGUGUUAGUGGGCGUCUUAGAACUUAGAAAAUUACUGAAAUUAGUCCCUCUAGGGCAUGAUUUUAAGGGCAGAGGCUAAUAUUGUGGUUUCGUGCUGACCGUGAAAACUUAUUUGAUUUAAUAUGUCUGACCCGGUUCACCUUUUACAAAUUUUUUUUACGAUGCAAGACAUAUAUCUCAUGUAUUUGUCACGAUUUUCAUGUAUUUAUAAUUUUUUCUAUCCGGUAGCUGAUGAUAAGCCCUGUUCUUUGACAUUAUCUCUUAUAAAGUGAAGUAGUCACUCAUUGAAAGGCAACUGCGGAGUAAUCGGAGCUUACUUGUAAAGCCUCUGAUAAUGAAUGCGUUGCAAUGCAACUCAACAAGUAAUUAAUGUUGAAAAUAUCUUGUUUCCUUUCUUGCUGAAUGUUCUGCUGCUUGUGCUGAAAACUGAUCACAAAACUUAGUUCCCAGCGGAAAUUUCAGUCAUCACGGAUCGAAAAAUUUUGUUCUCGCAAAAUAUUUAAGACCACCUAUAAACUUUACAACAUUAGAGGAACGAGCUUAUCGUAGUCAGAUAAUAGAAGAAAAAAAAACUUCUUUUAAUGUGUUUGUUCAGUUUGUUAGAGAGAUGUGUAUCCUGCGUAGCAGGUGGUUUUUGGGGCGCUCGACAAAAAUGAAUGUGGCGUGAAAAUGAACAGCGGUACUUCCCCCCCUAAACAACCAGGCGUGCAGGCUGAUAUUAGUCAUUUAUUCUUGUAGCAUGUUCCUGCCACCCGCGAGGAUCGAUGGGAAAAGUUUGCGACCAGAGCACAGGUCAGUGUCCGUGCAAGGAAGGAGUGACUGGAAGAGAGUGCGACAAAUGUGCAGAGGGUUAUAAGACUACAAAGAGCGCCAUAGCACCUUGUAUCAGUGAGUAUUCUUUGGAAUUAAAACUCUCCACGUUUGUUUUUCAUUGGAAAAUGAGGAAACUGUUUCCUGAAUGUGCUAAUCUCAAACUGCUCAUGAUAUUCUCAUCAAUAAUAUAACAUUUCCCCUCUAAACAUACGGAUUCUUCGCCAGGACACUUCCGAGACUCUCACAUAAUAUCUCCCCCUCCGGGUCACACAAAUGGUUACACUGUUUUUGAAAUCAAGGAAACCUGACUGACGAUGAGGCAAGGUGGGGGGAGGGGUCUGCAGAGGUUAGAUAUUUGACGCAGGAAUGACGAAACCGCCAUGAGUAGCAUAAUGAACCUUUAGGUUUGCAGACAAAGAUUUUACUUUACAUGGAAAGUAGGCUCAAUUUUCGCCGUUCUUUUGAGCAUGGUCCUACAUGAACACGGGCUUAUUUCCCAAACAGAGGCCACUGGUCGAGUGUGUCAUCCUUGAUAUCAGUGAGCUGAUUCGUUCUCACAGACAAGUGAAGUGAAAAAUAAGGGACCAGUAAGGGAAUAUAAACUGUUUACUGAUUCUCUUGGGGGUUCAGUCUUUAUUCAACCUCCCCCCCCUCCGUUCCCCCUGAAAAACAUUUGAUACCCCCCCCCCCGCCCCCCAAAUCUUCGACUUCUCAUUUUCUUUGUAUGUGUUCGUUUCCAGAACCACCAUACCCGGUGAUGUCGAUUCAGCCCGAUGGAUCAUGUAAGUUUGCGAUUUUAGUGUAUAACUAGUAAUUGAAGAUUCUCCACAAACAAACCGCAUUAACCAUGUUUGCUCUGACAAAGGGCUUACGCUCGAAACAUCAGUUUUAGAAACUAUUUACAAUGGCAAUCUACAUUAUCAACUCUGUUGAUAAAAACGAAUUAUCUUGUGACCCUCUAACAGACAGAGCACCACAGUUUCUUUAGAAUCUUACCGCCUAAUCGGUUGACGGAUUUGGAAGCACACGUGGAAUGUUUGAGAACACAAAUUACGAAUGACAGUUAACGAAUUACGAGCCAACACUAAUUUGAAUCAAGAUAGGAUGAAAUGAGUAAAUUCUCUUUAGUGUGAAUCAAAACCAAAUCAAUAGAAAUAUCAUUUGAAAAUGUUUUUCCAAUCUAUCGUAGCCUGCUUCCAGUGCAAGGGAGCCGGUCUUUCAGGAAGGAAAUUCUGUCGAAAAGAUUUUGGUAAGUUUUCUUAGAGAAAAGCCACAAGGUGUCACUGAACUGACGGAGUGGGGGGGGGAAGAGAAGAAGGGGUGGGGCUCGAUCGUUAGAAAGGAGCGGCCAGGCUGAAUGAUACUUUUCUACUUCUGAACUGUCGCCCAGUUUUGAUAAAUACCAUUUACAAUAAGGUUUUUAUUUCUCUGGUUGUAAAAACAGGCGAUAGUUAAACGAUGUUGAUUUAGCAGAAACGCAAUCUUAUUUUGUACUAGAACAUAACUCAUCCCAAAUGACUCUGGCCUUCUGCGUAGCUUUAUCAUUUUUCCCAGUGUCUAUAGUAAAGCUCUUGUCUAAGGAAUAAGAGGAGAGGUUAUUAAAGACAGGCGGCUUGGAAACAUAGAGUUCUGGACGAGAGACUUGUGCUCGAGGGGAUUUAUUCCAUCUUACUAGAGAAGGAAGAUUGUAAGAGAGGACGGUUUAAAACAGAGGGAAGCAGGGAGGGGACCCUUGCGACAUGACAAUGCUUCCCUUCACUGUCGAUGUUAGAUAUGAUACGUUCUUCUCCUCCAUCGAAAGUCGUUUGUCCAAGUUCUGCAUAUUGUCGUGAGUCGCCAAACAUCCAGCCUUUUAUUUUUGUCCAGAUAGGGUAUACUGUCUUUAAGGUCUCAGCAAAUGAUCGCAGCACCCUAAAUAAUCCUGUUUAACAAAUCUGUAACCGUCCUAUCUAAGCACUGUUAUGAUUUUUGCUUGUUUGUUUGUUUGUUUUAUAAGCAAUGAAAGUCGCUGUUCUUGGGUUGGACAGAACAUUGCAGGGAGAAUGGGUCCGAGUGACCGUCAACGUCAUGACACGUUACAAGCGUUCAUUGGUCCGUUUGAAAUUAGGAAAUGAAUUUCUUUGGAUUCCGAAACGAGACCACAAAUGCAAAUGCCCCAAGCUCCGUCCUGGCCGGCAUUACUUGAUAGCAGGCUCAAUUAAAUCCUCUCGUCAGAGAAGGAAAAUUGUUGUGAACAACCGCAGCAUGGUAGUCACGUGGAAUAAGAGCAUGGAGAGAAGAGUGGAACGAAUGAAGAAGAGGUGUCAAAAACAAACACAGCUUUGAAUAUCGAUGUAAUGAAAGCAAGCGUUCGGAAAUGUAAUUAGAAACCAGGAAAACGAGGAUUGGAAAGAACUAAUCCAGAAGAGGUGUCAGAACGAAACACGAUUUUGAACUACGUCGCAAUGCACAGCAAAUCUCGAAAAUUUUAGUAGACACAAGCAAAACUGGUGUGGUAAAAGAAACAGUUGAUAUUGUUAAGUCUGGGGUACUUGUGAAGAAAGCGAGAAUAUGAACAGAGGAGGAUGAAAGGAAAAGUCUACCGGUAUAUCGGUAGAAUGUGUUUCCUAUCUUUAGGAUGUCUUGAAGCAGCCGACUUUUCUCUUUCUCUUUUAGAGGCCCUCAAACAAAAAAUUGGAAAAUCACUAAAUUCUUCCGUUUUUAUCAUCUGAACACGUGAAAAACCACCUCGCCAAACAACGCGUCGAUCCACGACGAGGCUUUCAUAGUUUUUGAAGAUCUUUUGUAUUUUUUCAAAUAUUUUUCCCUCAAAAAAACUCCAAGAUCGUGAGUAAUAACAGAGCACAAUAUUCAUUUUCUAUGAUUUCCGAUUAAGAUUAUAUUAAAUCAUAGUUAAUAUGUAAC